UCGUAAUGUUUUUUUGUUUCUUACAAUUUGUACUACUUAAUUAAACAAUUAAUAAUCAACCAUCUUCCAGAAUGUUCGAACAAAGUCGAAGCUACGGUCGAGUCGUCGCCGAGGUUCCGUUUUUUUUCUUCUUGGGCUCCACCCUCCGCUCCAGUCCUGAUUUUCAGGCCAGGUUUGAACCACUCACGGAGAGAGUUUGUGGAGAGAGUUCCAGGGUCUGAAGUCCCUGCUCCACGCUCCACCCCUGGUGUUUCUGAUUUCCAGGUCUUUGUCCCCGGAACUUGCUCCCUCUCUCAUUCCUGUGUUUCCACCAGGGUUUUCUGCUCGCUCGCAUCUGGAUCCCGGCUACGACCAGCAGACGUACACACAUCCAGCCAGGGUCCGAGGUCGUCAAGUUUGGAAAUAGGAGAAAAAAAAAACAGGAGGAAAAAAAAGGAGAGAAAGAAAGAAAGACAGAAACACGUACCGGCAACUUGUACCGAUCGUUUCCCACCGCGGUGAACACUUCUGUCGGAGAGACUGAGAUUAUUGCCCGAAGCUAAAGAGAGAGAGAGAGUAAAAAAAAAGUUUCACUCGUUUCAUAAACUGCUCUUCGUGAUUUUUUUUUCCACCGAGUGCAGGACACGAGCAGAUUUCACACCGACGUGGAGGAGUUUGUCGGCGAUCGUGCGGUUGUUUGUCGGCGUUUUUCUCGGUGAAUGAGUUGGAAGAAAACAGCGUCGGUCUCCAUGAGGAAACUCGGCGUGGGAGUUUGUAAAACUUCGUCCUAGUUCGUUCACACCUGAGCGCCACCGUCGUCGUCAGUCCGUGUCCCCUUCAACCUUAUUUUAUAUCACUUUUAUUCUUUUUAUUUUUUUGGAGAAAUGAAGACGCUGCUGUGGCUGAGUGUAGCCUCCACGCUGGUUGUGUUGUCGGUGUCUGUGACCGCGGAGCAAAAGUUAAAAAACUGUAACGAGGUCCGGGCAGCGUACAGCUCCAAGGGCUUCAACGUCAACGACGUCCCCAACAAAGGAGUCAACGGGGCCCCGCUGAAGGUGUGUCCGCAGGGUUUCUCCUGCUGCACGGUGGAGAUGGAGGAGAAGCUGAGCCAGCAGAGCCGCUCGGACCUGAAGGCGCCCGUGUCCAGGCUCAGCACCGGCCUGCAGUCCAACUUCAAACAGAAACACGACCACUUUGACACAUUUUUCCGUGAGCUCCUGAAAAAUGCAGAGGGCUCGUUGCACAACAUGUUUGUGCGAACGUACGGCAUGAUGUACGUGCAGAACGCCGAGCUCUUCAAGAACUUCUUCACGUCCCUGACCCGGUACUACCAGUCCGGCAGCAGCGCCGUCAACCUGGACUCCAUGCUGUCGGAGUUCUGGGCCGAGCUGCUGGAGAGAAUGUUCCGGCUGGUCAACGUGCAGUACGAGUUCACCGACGAGUACAUGGACUGCGUCAGCCGCUACACCGACCAGCUGCAGCCGUUUGGCGACGUGCCGCGCAAACUGCGCAUCCAGCUGACGCGAGCCUUCGUCGCCACACGCACCUUCGUGCGCGGCCUGGCGCUCAUCCCUCAGGUGGUCAAUAAAGUUUCCACGGUCGGGGCGUCCGUCAGCUGUGUGCGCGCCGUCAUGAAGAUGAUGUACUGCCCCUACUGUUCGGGCCAGGUGGCCCUGAAGCCGUGCCAGAACUACUGCCUGAAUGUGAUGCGGGGCUGUUUGGCCAAUCAGGCGGACCUGGACACGGAGUGGAACAACUUCCUGGACGCCAUGCUCAGUUUGGCAGAGAGACUCGAAGGUCCCUUUAAUUUUGAGUCCGUCGUGGAGCCGAUCGACGUGAAGAUUUCCGAUGCCAUCAUGAACAUGCAGGAGAACAGCAUGCAGGUGUCACAGAAGGUUUUCCAGGGCUGUGGGCAGCCCAAACCCAGCGCGGCCUUCCGUACUCGGCGUUCACUCAAAGAAACGAGCUUUACCGGACGCUUCCGACCCUACAGCCCCGACGCCAGGCCCACCACGGCUGCUGGGACCAGUUUAGAUCGACUGACGACUGAUGUGAAGAAGAAGCUGAAACAAGCAAAGAAGUUCUGGUCCACUCUGCCAGAGACGAUGUGUGCAGGAGAGAGGAUCGCAGCUGGAGACGAGUGCUGGAACGGAACGGCAAAGAGCAGGUAUGAAUCAGUUGUCAUAGGCAACGGAUUGGCCAAUCAGGUGUCGAACCCUGAUGUCGCCGUGGACAUCACGAAGCCAGACGUUAUUAUUCGCAGUCAAAUUGCAGUUUUGAAGGAAAUGACGAGUUGGCUGAAAGCUGCUCACAGCGGCAACGACAUCUCUGUUGAAAACGAUGAGGGCGGCAGCGGAGGUGAGGAGAGCGGCAGCGGUUGCGACUCCCCGUCCUGCGACACGGACCAGUUCUACUUCUCUACUCCACCAAACCCCAGCAAUCCCCGGGUCAACAAAGUGGCGGUCAAUCCCGCUUCUUCGGCCAAGGUCGCCGCACACGGAAGCAUGGCGCUGGCGCUCUGCGGGUUGGCCCUGGCCUGGCUCGCUCCCCAUUUGAGAUAAGGCCGACCGGUCAAAGAGCACAAGUGUGAUACGGAACGUUGGAGCGAAGGGGGAGGGGUUCUGUCAGAAAGACUUUUUAAAAAAAGGAAAAAAAAAAAAGACUGCCUUCAAGAACUUGGACUGUUCGCCGCUGGGGGGUGGGGGGGCUGUUCUUAAUAUUAUAAUAACUUCACUUUUAAUAAUUAGUAUGUUUUAAGGACAUCAGUGUACAGCAAUGUGGUUUUCUCCUACAAAUUCACCCUUUAACCCCCAGAUACGCCUUAGCUUUUUAUGGCUCUUUUGGAGCUACACUAUGGUUUAGCUUUGAGCAUUUUUUUUUUGUUCUGGCAAAUUUAUUUUCACAAUUCAUGUGCCUUCCAUGGUCGCGGAAUAUUAGACUGGAUACUUGGAAUGACAUUGAGAGACACAUUUGUUAUGAAAUUUUUUCAUUAAAUAUAUAUGUAUAUAUAUAUUUAUAUAUAUAUUUAUACAUAUGUAUAUAUAAAUACAUAAAGACAGAACAUAUGAUGCUACCUUUUAGUAACUGCUCAGAAACAGCUUCACAGUCAGGAGUCGUCGAAUGUAGGAUUUUGUCUGAAAAUCAACAAAGAGAAAAAUCCUCAGCAGAAGAAUCUGACCUUUGACCAGAGGCAAGCUGUUCUCGGCUACGAGCAUCAUCACAAGCUAACAUCAAAUUUUUUUUUUUAUAAUUUCUUUAAGCUGAAACAUGCCGGCAGUAAAGUGAUACCUCAUGCGUGCAGGCUGAAAGUGUGUGAUGGAGAUGAGAAAGGUGUCGAGCGAACCUGGUGAAAAGUAACAGUUUCGGUCGUAGACGGACUCCCCUGGCGUCGAUCCUGACGAAGGCAAGGCUGACGAGCCCUGAAAGCCACGUAUCGGUACCGUGAGCUCAGUUCAGCACAGAAGUUCUGACUCUCGACAGUCUUACUGUUUUUUUAAAAAAAAAAAAAAAAAAGGAAAGGAAGCAACACGUUUGUGCGGAGCAUUUCACGAUCAACCAGCGAGCAGGAGUCAAAAGUCAGAGCUUCGUUCAAUAGUUGUUACAUGUAGCUGUUUGCUAACAGAUAUAUAUUUUUCGGUACUACAGUUGGACCGAUGGAUGGUUCUAGGUGGUACCACCUGACAGAUCUCCUGGUCCUCAUCACGUUCAUGUCGUUCUGACUGGACGUGGAAUGUUGAAGUAUUUUAACAAGCGCUACCAAAAUUAACACCCAGUGCCUGGUCUUUGUUAAUGUAACCUCGGUUUCAUAAAAGAAGAAUGUAGAUGUUGUUGAUUUUUAUCCUCUCAGAUUCACUGAAGUCGUUUCAAGUUUUUGUUUUGUUUUUGUUUUGUUACAGUUGAUUUUUUUUUUGAUAAGCAGGUCUUUAAAACUGCACCACCCGGCCAUUUCAUUUCUACACCGAUGCUGCCUCAUGUAGCUUCUGUACAGUAAUUUAUGCAUGUAUUUUAAUGUAUUUUUAAACAUACUGAUUUGGAAAGUCCACAGUGUUUCAGGAGGCUUUACACGCUAAAUUGAGUGUCCUUACAUUUAAGGGCUUUAAAAUGUUAUGAACGUGUUUCAUGUUUAUCCACUUAGGAAAAACAAAAACAUCUGACCUCGAUUUGGAAUUGAAUUUGGAAGAAUGUCAUUAAUGUAAAAACAGCUUUGUGUUUGGCUUAGAGAUGAAACUCAUAGGAAUCUGACUUUGAAGGAUUUGAUGAAACAUCAAUGUCUGAAAUGCUGAAGCCCGGAUCCAAGAGAGUGAAGCCGGGCAUCGGUUCAACGUCACACUUCACCCUGAUCUGUUGUUGUUUUUGUUGUUGUUGUUGUUGUUGUUGUUUGUCAUUGUCAAGUUCCACCAACAUUUCUACAAGGGCUUGUGCAUGUGUGUUGUCAAGUGGAAGCGGUGUGUGUGUGUCAAGUGUGAGGCGUUGUCGGCUUUCUGAGAGUCGGAGGCGGAGUUUGGUUGAUGAUGGUAAAAAUGUCUGUGCUUGCAGGCCAGGGCAGAGACACACAGAGAGAGAAGCUGGUCCGGUGGCUGUGUCGGGAUGUUUUUUUUUUUUUUACCAUCCACAGAUCCACGGUCCAGUGACUUUAAAGUUGAGUUGGACAAGUGAUGAAACUUCUCCUCUCCUGCCUUUGGCCCCGCAAGAGCAGAGAUGACUCACUUUCAAAGGAGAGAGUGAGGGACUUAAAAGAAUUUUUUAAGAAAAAUAUAUAUGUAAAUAAAGAGCAGCCGUUUUUAGAUGUCUCUAAAAGAGGCCGUAACCUUACACCAGAUUUUUACUUGUCAGAGUAUCUCCUAAAUGCUAUGAAAAAAAAAAACAAGCAGAGAUAGAUGUUAAAUUGUAAGAGAAAAAAAUGUAUAUUAAACAACAUUUCUUAGUCUUGUUGAAAUAAAGACUGCCAAUAUUUUAA